CAAGCUCAAGCUCAUUCAAGAAGUGAGCGUGCCACAGAGCAGACGUAUUUUGCCAAUGCGAAAGCGAGCGGCGUUAUUCGCCAGUGAAAAUUUCUGUUAAGUUAUUGAAAGUUAUACUUGUGUAAAAUUGCACGAAAUAAGUGCAAAUAGUGUAGAAAGUAAUCAAUCCACAUGCCACAAGAUGGCGGACGAUGAACAGUUCUCGCUGUGUUGGAAUAAUUUCAACACAAAUUUAUCUGCUGGAUUCCAUGAAUCCCUAAUACGGGGCGAUUUAGUGGACGUCACGUUGGCCGCAGAAGGUCAAUUAGUUAAGGCACACAGACUCAUCCUAUCAGUAUGCUCACCCUAUUUCCGGAAAAUGUUUACCCAGAUGCCGGCGAACCAGCACGCAUUCAUUUUCCUAAAGGAUGUCAGUCAUUCGGCGCUUAAGGAUCUCAUUCAGUUUAUGUACUGUGGGGAGGUGAACGUGAAACAGGAUGCCCUGCCAGCGUUUAUCAGUACGGCGGAAGCACUGCAAAUUAAAGGACUGACUGAAACGGGAGAAAGUGCACCAACGCAACCAUCGCCCGCCAAAGAAACCUCCCACAUACCCUCGAGUGGGAUGACGAGUAUUCCGUCUACUGCGUCAUCCCCGCGGGUGAAAACACUGCAGCGGAGUCGAAUCCAUUCGUACAAACUCGAUUCGGACGACGGAAGCGAUCAUGAGAAAGUAGUACAAAUCACAGCCACCUCCACUCCUGCCCCCGCUAGUAGUAGCAGUAGUGGUCCCAGUGCCACAAUCGUUGCCACCCAGAUAGCUGCUCCGCAACAGGUGCAAAUCCUACAAGCACAACCAACCCAAAAACGAACGCUCCAACAACGGACUUCGACCAUACCGCAAACGACACAGGUUAUGAAACGAGCCAAACUGUCUGAUCCACUCGAUGCUGCCGAGUCCGCACAGGUUCAAGGGGUUCAGAUUGUACAGCAAAUUCCGCAAGCACAACAGCGAGUGGUCUCUUCGGAACCGGAAUAUGUAGAAAUGCCAAUCGAAACGAUAAACCCUAAAGCUGAACCGGACUAUGGCGAUGACCCUUCAGAGGUGGAAGCGAUCGAUGCGGAAAACGAACAAGAACAGGCACUAGCGGAACAGGAAGCGGCUGAGCACGACCAGGAGGCUGACGAUUCGGCUCACUAUGUGGAAGAUGAAACGUACGGUGAUAUGAGCAAAUAUGACGAAACUUACUUCACGGAAGGAGACGACGCAAAGGCCGGUGCUUCGGGAUAUGGCAGUGAAUCGUACGCGGAAGGUGGUGCAGCAGCUGAUCAAGCGGCACAAGCUUACAUCACGACUUCGACGUCGGCGACAACGACGAUUCCAUUGGAUAAUCCAAGCGUGUACUACCGGAACGAUCUGCGCGAUCAGUUGUACCCGGAAGCCGUUCAGUAUAUCCGAAGUCGCCGUGGUCACCCGCUGCUCAUCUUCCGAGGGUACAAAUUUCGGCGGAAUGGUGGCUGCAAGGAGAAAGGCUACUGGCGAUGUGCCUCGUUCUCCAAGUGUCCCGGUCGGGUCACCACGGUGGAAGGAAUCAUUGUGAAAUAUCACGUCCACAAUCACGACCCACCGUUCGGGAAACGGACGCUCGUCGAGGUGCUGUGAGUGAUGUUUUUUUUGUGCGCGCGCGUGUGUGUGCUGUGUUGGUAAACGGGCGACAGACAACAACGAAGAAAUAGCAGCCUAAGCGAGGAGUGAUGAAUUCAGUUGACAUGUUGCAGGUUUAGUUCCUAGUUAACCAAGCAAUUUGUUUGUUAUUACUAUUUUCGGUUUAUUUCACGUAAAGUUUUGAUUUUGCUUAGGGUUGAAUCAUUUUUUUCAAUGGUGCUACCGAAUACCGAGCAUGAAUACCUCAAGGAAGUGACACACAUAUGAAAUGGAAUAAACGGUUAUGCACUGAGUGAAAUUGAACCGGUAAAGCGAUUGUGAUUAUCGAUAAAACGAUGGCUCAGAGUAUGUAAGGAAAUGCAACAUUCAGAAGUCAGGUGACAACACGAAACUCUCAAUUAACGAAUCUAGGUAAAAUUUAUUAACUAUCAUAAUUGCACUAUCCUCUUUAAAACGUCACGAUGGAAGUUAAAUACUGUAAAAGGAUUGCUAUUAGCGUAACGAAAACGCACCAGUAUCCAUUUAUACUACAAGGAAUGGCCGCCAAAAAGAGUCCGGUCGAAAGACCGCAAGAAUAUCCAUUUUAUAGAAUAGAAGAUGAGUUUUUCAUUUAUUUCAAUUUCUCUGCGAACGUUGCUCGCAUCUGGGUACAUGGCGCAAUAUCGUUAUUCACACUUCCAAAUUUAUCCAAUUGAUACUUCUUUAUCGAUAACUCUCACCUAAAAAAUUAAAAUUUGUUGAAAAUAUUUCGUUUGGAAAAAUUCUGUCGGGAGCGAUCAGUUUUUUCGCGGCCUACUACGAUUUGUUAUUUCAUUUUAUGUUUUCAAAUGCAGCGAGGCUUGCAAGCUCGAAUGCAUUUAUACACCGAGGGAAAAACAAUUAAGAGUUUAAUAAGACUAGAAGGUUCAUGAAGUUUUUCAUAGACAGUCUUAUGAUUUUCCUAAUUGUUAUCUAUGCAUGAACGAAGAAGGAAUUUCGGAUUCGAACUUUUCGGUUCCUUUAAGCCAGUCAAUAUUAUUAAAUGAACCAAGUGUUAAAAAUAAUUUUGGAGAGCAUUUUUCGGAGAAUCCACUCAAAUUACAACGAAAGCAAAACCAAUUUUCUUCUGAUUACGGCGAUUAACUUGUGUACCCUAGUUUUAGGAGCCACGAGUGGUCCAAAUCUUAUAUGUGUGGUGUGAUUUGUUUUCGUAUGGAUUGGUUUAUACUGAAAAAAUUUAGUUCAUGAAAUAUAAUAAAAAUCAAGUUCUGAAUUAAAAUACAGAACAAAAUUUAACGCAUUUUCAUAACACUUAAGGUUUGAAAAGACCAUAAGAGAGCUUGCAAAAUAGAAAGUACCAAAAAUACAGUAUUAAUGAACAUUUUUUGAUUCGUCUAACUCGUUUUUUUUCCUCAAACGGCAGAAGAAUAAUCGUAUUGAAAAUAGUAAUCAUUGAGGAAUUUUGAUCCUAGUUUGUUGUUAAAGCACUAUCAAACUAUCAAUCGAUAAGUUCAUUGCUGAAAUAACUUACAUGAGUUUUUCGUAAUUGCCUUAGUGCAACUCCAGAAAUUUGGUAACAAGUCAUCUGACUUCUCAUACUACGAUUUGUAUGAUAAAACUUUGCACGCGUCUUCAGUAUGGCAAACCAUUUACAUAGAAUGAAUCGAUAGAGAAAUUUGAAUCAAGACCGAUGUAUGUAGUUUUUACAUGCACAUUCUACAAAUCGUUGUAAUUCAAAAAUAAAUUGAUGUCCAAUCUUU